GUUUACAGGGCGAGAGUCAUCUCUGGGGCCCCGCCUCCAGCCUGCCAGCCGCCAACAACAACAGAUGUGAGGAGCGAGGCAGCUGUGUCCACUUCAACACCUGUGCUUGUCUACAUCGCUACCUGUGCUUGUCUACGUCGCUACCUGUGCUUCUACGACGCUACGUGUGCUCCACGACUAGAGAGGCACUGAGGAAGGGACGCUGGCUGCCAGGUGCUGAAGGAUGUAAGGGAAGACGUCAGUGUGGUGGUUGUGGUAGUGUCCUCGUGUGGUAGUGGUGGCCCCCGUGUGGCGGUAGCUACCCGGGGGUGGUGACCCGCCCGCCCAUCUCAGAGGUCACGAACCCCCCAAUGCCCCGCGUGUCGGCCGCUGGGAGCCCCACCACCGCCAGCGAUGAGUGAAGCGUGGCGGCGAUGGUGACCGCGCGGGCGCCUGGUGCUACAGGCGUGGGCAUGGGCGUACCGGGAUGAGCAGGGCCCCCCAAUGACGGGCGUGGGUGUCGGGCGCUGCUCGGGGGCGGCGCUGGUGGUGUUGCUCACCCUCCUGGUGGGCGGCGUGGCCCGCGCGGCCUGUCCCCACGCCUGCGUCUGCAAGUGGAAGGGAGGGAAGCAGACGGUGGAGUGUGUCAACAAGGGUCUCAACACCAUACCUCCCGGCAUAGACCACGGCACGCAGGUCCUCGACAUCACUGGCAACUCUCUGGUCAUACUCUCACACGAGAAGUUCAAGGUGAUGGGGCUGACCAACCUGCAGCGGAUCUACGUGUCCCGGUGCAAGUUGGUUCAGCUGGACGAUGCUGCCUUCCGAGGACUGACCAACCUCGUGGAGCUGGACCUGAGCAACAAUGAGCUGACCCUGGUGCCUGCAGCAGCCCUGGAGCACCUUCCGGGUCUCAUGCGCCUUCAGAUGUCCAACAAUCCCAUCACCAAGAUUAAAAACGGAGCGUUCAGGGGGCUCAAGUACCUCACCACUUUGGAAAUGACCUCGUGUCUCAUUCAAACGCUGGAGGCUAGGGCCUUUCAGGGCCUGGAUCAGCUGGAGUGGCUUAAAUUGGAUUCAAAUCAACUCAAGUCUGUGCCACAUAAGAUGAUGCUUCCUAAGUCUCUCCAUGGUAUUGACCUGCACAACAAUCCCUGGAACUGUGACUGUCACCUUCAGGAGCUCCGGACAUGGCUGGUCAAGUAUAACGUGCCAUCUUCAAUCGAGCCAAAGUGUUCUACGCCUCUGCGUCUUGAGCGUCAGGUCAUUAAGACUGUCCAUCCAGAUGACUUUGCUUGUCCUCCAGAGGUAAGACCAACUUCGCUUUUCCUAGACGUUUUGGAGGGCAAGAAUGUUUCUUUCGAGUGUCACGUUACUGCAGAACCUAGUGCUCGUAUAUACUGGAGAUUUAAUGAACAAUCAUUAGAAAACAGUUCUUUUGUGUAUGACGAAAGUUCCUCAUUUUAUAUCUUUGAAGAGAGCGGACCAAGCGAAGAGAGAGUGAGUCAUCUUCGGAUUGAAUGGGUGACGGACGCCCAUGCAGGAGUGUUCCAGUGUCUAGCAGAAAACCAGGCCGGCUUGGUCAUCUCUAACUUCACACUUCGGAUCAGCCAACCGGUAGUUGAGAGAGAGCCUGAAAAUUUUGUCAUGGAUCACAUUCUAUACAUUGGUGUAGCUCUGGUGUCUUUAGUAGUGCUUGUAUUCAUCCUGUUGUGCGUGCUUAUCUUCCGCUGCUGCCGACGGCGGUCAGCAGCCCAGGAGAAGGUCAUGGGGUCGCCCAGUUCCUCAGGCAAUGGCAGAACCAAAGAAGCACCUGCACCUUCUACCAAUAAUAUGCCAAAAUACAUUCAAAUGGGAACACCUGCGCCUAAGGUAAAUGGCAUCUCAUCAGAGCCUCCGCCAAUAUCUGUGAUUGACACGUCACCUUAUCGUUCAGAACCAACGGGGGCUCAGCAGACCAACCCGGAUCUGAUAUCUGAUGCUGCUGAGGAGCGGGGGAAGUCGGGUAAGAAAAGAGUCAGCAUUUUAGGAGUGGAGGAAGUAGAUGCAUGUGGUACGAGAACCACAAGGAAGCUUGAUGACAUCAUGGAGGAAUACGAAGAUGGUUACGACCCGGCAUAUGACAUCCUGCAGUCUCAAGGGGAACAUGAAUGUCGGACGAGUCGAAGCAACCCAUACGCGACUCUCCCACGACGAAGGGAUGUGGAGGUGGCUAACCCUUAUCCCCUCACAGAGAUCCCCCCUCCGGAGGACAUUAACCAAGGUUCUCGCUUUUAUGAUAGAGAUGGCUUCCCGAUAGACUAUGGCCUGCCUCGUGAAGACAGCGGCACUUGGAAGGAAGGAUGUGGAGCAGGAGCAGGCCUGUCAUCUAGUUACAACCCUCUCCCUUCAGAAGACAUCCCUCUAUAUGCUACUGUCAGACGUAAUCGCCACAGUAUGGCUGGCCGAACAGACCUUAUGCAUGACCAGAAAUAUCCUGAGGAGUACCGCCUCGACAGUCAUGACCCCCAAUUCCACCCUCCAGAUGGCCGCUACCCACAGGCCUACGGCCUCUCACCUGAGAAGUUCAACGUGGUUAACAAUGGUUCGUGCGAGUUCUGCCCGCCACCGCCGCACCCGGACUUCCAGGCAGAACCAGGAGGCCGAAUAGGGGGAGAUGGAUGCAGCUUCGACAACCUCCUUUCGUCGUGUGGGGGCGGGAGCCAGUGCUGCUAUGCCGAGCAAGGUGGUCGAGUCUAUGAUAACUCCUUACCAGAGAAUUAUAGACCACUGGACCCUGAGCCACCCCCACCUGAGGGCUGGGGCGACCAUGAUCAGGAGACAGUGAACAUGAGUACUUGGUGUGAGCAUCCAGAAUCGCCUGGAACACGUGUUCUAUACUCCCCUGAUGAGGCCUACACUGAUAAGCAACAGCCUCAGGGUACUCAGGUGUGAGCCUAACAGACCAAACCCAAUAACGUAUGCCCCCUACCCUUCCCGUGCUCUGUGUCCUAUUACAAACUCUUAUAAAUGCCAUGAGAGACGCAUGUGCAGACUCCAGGAGGGGAGUGAGUGCUCCACCACUGACCUGACGCAUCAGCUCAUUUGGUUUACUGAUGUUGAGGCAUCAUCCAAGUCUCUUUGAAAAGUUUAACUUACGCACUGAAUUCGGGAGUUGUGAUACACAGGGUUUGUAAGGUUAGAAUAAGAGUUACACAUUUGUACAGCAUUGACGCCAAAGAUGAAAAACUCUAAAUCACUAAUAAGCAUCUUUUUGUGAGUGGAAGAUGAAACGUGUAUAUAUAUAGGGAGAGAGAAAGUGACCUAGGAGCGUGCAGUACUUAAAUUACCAGGAAGAACCUUCUUCAGUAGCAGCUCAUCCUUUAUAUAUCAACUAUCACUGUACAGAAUAAUCUAUUUUGUAUGAAUUUUCAGUAGGUAAGAGUUUUGUAUAUACCAAAGAAAUAUUUGAGGUUUUUGAAUGCUAUAAACAAUUCAUUCAGCGCAUACGGGAGAACCAGGGCGACCUGUCACACUUCUGGGAGACGUGAUAUUAAAAGGGGAAGAACGAAGAUUUGAGUUUUGUGAUGGUAGCUGUGUUUAUGUUCCCUACGACAACGAUAGAGGCCGUCUGCUCGACAGGUUCUGACGCAGCUGCUGCCCUCAGAGGGCUGCUGGCUGACGUUGGUGGUGGAAUCAUCACUGGCUGACAUUGGGGGGUGGAAUCAUCACUGGCUAACACUGGGGGUAAAAUCAUCACUGACUGACAUUGGGG